AUGGAUGUCAACAACAUUCGAUUAUUAUCAUUUCGUCACAAAUUAAUGAUGAUUUUAUUAAUCAUAAUAUUAAUAAUGAAUAAUCAAAUAAAUUCUGGAUUAACAAGUGCAUUCUGGACCAGUAGCAGUGGUAGUAGUAGCAGCAGUAAUAAUAAUAAUAAUAACUUGGGCGAUACUACUAAUAGAUUACGAUCAUCAAAACGACAUCAUAGUUUUUAUAAUAAUAAUAAUAACAAUAACCAUUACAAGAGCCGAGAUAUGCAAUUAGAAGAUAUCCUUUCACAAGGUGAAGAAAAAUGUAUACAAAAACCAUGCGUCCAACAACAACAAUGCUGCCCGGGUUCUGUAUGUGUUGAUCUACAUUCACAACAUUCACAAUCACCAUUAUCAUUAUCAUCAUCGAUGAAUAAUAAACAAAGACCAGUGACCACCGGUACAUGUUUACCGAUUUAUGGUGUAAAUGAAGGCGAUUCAUGUACAGAUGAUGGUGAUUGUGAAACUGGUUUACGUUGUAUGCCACAAACAAUUUUAAUAACUAAUGAUGAUGAUAAUGAUGGCCGAUUAUCAUUACCAUCAAUGCAUUCAUUAUCAUCAUCAUCAUCAUCAUCAUCUAACACUCAAUCCAUAUUAACUAUGAAAGCACCAAAUAAUCUAAAAAGUUUACGAAGAUUCAUUGGAAAAAUUGAAUUUCUAUCAAAGAUUUAUUUAAAUAGAACGGAAUUAUUAGCUCCAUUGUACAAAUUAUUAACGAAAAAUGAAAAUGCUGAAUGUACAACAAGUAGUGAAUGCGAUGCUAGCCACGGUCUUUGCUGUCAAUUAAUCAAACGUCAUCGUAUGUCACCACGUAAAGCAUGUUUAUUCUUUUCGGAACCGAAAAUUUGCUUAGGACCAGUGGAUAUUACAUUUGCAAAACCGGCCAAUACAUUCUAUUAUAAUAAUAAACCAAAUGAUGAACGAAAUUAUUUUCGUGCAAGUAUUGGUUGA